ACGAACGCCGUAAAAUGACGUAGCCGACUUGAAGAUGAUGACGUUUAUCAUAGCAAUCGUUUGAAGUCUUGAGUUUGUGUAAAUAAGUCCGUGUAAAGAGCACCUACUUCUUCUGGACGGGCUUUUUCCUCCUCUUCACCGCGUACACGCCGACAUUUCCCUGCAUGGUGGCGCUCGGGUGAACUUUGAGCUUCCACGUCCUUCCUGCAUUGAGGAAAAAAAAGCUGUACUACAUAUUCGCUCACAAAAGGAGGAACUGAAAGUGCAGAGAUGGCUUCUCGGGCCCUGCCGGUAGCAGCUGUCGUCAAACCAGCGAGACUUUGAUUGAGACGGGAGCGAGUUAAUGAGUAACAAGUGCAAGCAGUCAAGUCACAAGAAGCAGGAAAGAUAUUCGCCUGUGUGCCAGUUUGAGUUUGGGAUAUUAACCGGCCAGUCAAGUCGCUAUGGCUGACGCAAACGUCUCGUCGUCUGCCGGUUCGGCUUCCAAACUGGACCACGUGCAAGGUCAAGUGAAUGAGGUGAAGGUCAUCCUGAAGGAUAACAUCGACAAAGUGCUAGAGCGAGGCGAUCGUCUGGAUGACCUGAUCGGUAAAACGGGAGACCUGCAGGCUUCGGCCGACUCGUUCCAAAGGACUUCCACGCGCGUGGCCAGGAAAUAUUGGUGGAAAAACAUCAAAAUGCUCAUCAUCAUCGGCGUCAUCGUGCUGGUCGUCCUCAUCCUCAUCAUCCUCGCCGCAACCAAUGUCAUAUAGUCCGUCCGUCCCGAGUUAUAGCCAAAUUUACUCGUACUAUUACAGUGGUUCUUAACCUGGGUUCGAUCGAACCCUAGAUGUUCGAUGAGUAAGUCUAAGGGGUUCGGCAAAGGACGUGCAGGGCCCUGUUGUCGUACUCUGACUAAAUCUAAGCAAAGUGGUGGUUUUUGACAGGCUUGCCCCCAAUUUGCAGGUUUUAUUCCAUUUCUUUCAACUGCUUUCCCUCGCUCUGAUGGGAGCAGAAACUGUUUCACUAAGUGGAAGAUUGACUUUUGAACAGGAAUCCGCUUAGAUUUUAGCUGAGAUAUAUAGGUUUUGAAUUUUCUUUUUUUUUUUUUAAUUAUGAUGAUCCAAUUCCGAAGGGUUCCGUGAAUGCAUAUGUGAAACUCGCAGGGUUUGGUCCCUUUUGCAAGGUUAAGAACCACUGUACUAGUGAACGAGAACGAGGUUGGCGGUCACCAUUUUUACUCUUUUAUGAAUAUUGUUCAUCGACAUAUCGUAGAUUUGUUAUUUUUUAGGAUUCUGAGCGUAGACCUGGGCUGUAUUUUCUGUCAUUUUUGCAAGAACACUUGUAAAACGGAAAUUUCCAGGGGCGGAUCCACCAGGAGCUUAAGGCAAUUUACUGGUGUCUGGAUCCUUAUAAUAAUAAUAAUCUUAAAAAAAAAGAUUGUAUGAAGUUUCUCUAUAUCAGUUUGUAAAUAUCACCUUUUAUAGUUUCUAAAUACAUUUUUUUUUUUUUUUUUAAAAGCAAAUUCUGAUUCAAUAUGUGUACACAUCUGCCAUCUGUUGUUACAAUGAAUCUGUUUGGAUCAAUGUAUCCAUACAGUAUGCACAAUUGAAUGUAAUUCGAUCCAAAUGCAAAAUUAUAAAUUUCGAUAUGCUUUUUUGGAAUAAUGUUUUCUUCAUUAAAAAAAUGUUUGACAAACAAAAUUGUCAUACAUAUCAAAACGGAUUUGUAUAUCUAUAUACACUCACCGGCCACUUUAUCAGGUAUACCAUGCUAGUAACGGGUUGGACACCCUUUUGCCUUCAGAACUGCCUCAAUUCUUCGUGGCAUAGAUUCAACAAGGUGCUGGAAGCAUUCCUCAGAGAGUUUGGUCCAUAUUAACAUGAUGGCAUCACACAGUUGGUGCAGAUUUGUCAGCUGCACAUCCAUGAUACGAAUCUCCCUUUCUACCACAUCCCAAAGAUGCUCUAUUGGAUUGAGAUCUGGUGACUGUGGAGGCCAUUUGAGUAGAGUGAACUCAUUGUCAUGUUCAAGAAACCAGUCUGAGAUGAUUCCAGCUUAAUGACAUGGCGCAUUAUCCUGCUGAAAGCAGCCAUCAGAAGUUGGGUACAUUGUGGUCAUAAAGGGAUGGACAUGGUCAGCAACAAUACUCAGGUAGGCUGUGGCGUUCCAAUGAUGCUCAAUUGGUACCAAGAAAAUAUUCCCCGCACCAUUACACCAUCACCAGCCUGAACCGUUGAUACAAGGCAGGAUGGAUCCAUGCUUUCAUGUUGUUGACGCCAAAUUCUGACCCUACCAUCCGAAUGUCACAGGAGAAAUCGAGACUCAUCAGACCAGGCAACGUUUUUCCAAUCUUCUAUUGUCCAAUUUGGAUGAGCUUGUGCAAAUUGUAGCCUCAGUUUCCUGUUCUUAGCUGAAAGGAGUGGCACCCGGCGUGGUCUUCUGCUGCUGUAGCCCAUCUGCCACAACUGUCUAUCUUGGUUGUAACGGGUGGUUAUUUGAGUCGCUGUUGCCUUUCUAUCAGCUCGAACCAGUCUGGCCAUUCUCCUCUGACCUCUGGCAUUAACAAGGCAUUUCCGCCCACAGAACCGCCGCUCACUGGAUAUUUUUUCUUUUUCGAACCAUUGUCUGUAAACCCUAGAGAUGGUUGUGCGUGAAAAUCCUAGUAGAUCAGCAGUUUCUGAAAUACUCAGACCAGCCCUUCUGGCACCAACAACCAUGCCACGUUCGAAGUCACUCAAAUCCCCUUUCUUCCCCAUACUGAUGCUCGGUUUGAACUGCAGGAGAUUGUCUUAAACCAUGUCUACAUGCCUAAAUGCACUGAAUUGCCGCCAUGCGAUUGGCUGAUUAGAAAUUAAGUGUUAACAAGCAGUUGGCCAGGUGUACCUAAUAAAGUGGCCGGUGAGUGUAUAAGACGUUUUUUUUACUUUGUCUCCCAAAGUAUAAUUAAACAAAAAAACGUAUGUAUGUAUAUAUAUAUAUAUAUAUAUAUAUAUAUAUAUAUAUAUAUACACACACACACACACAGUGGGGAGAACAAGUAUUUGAUACACUGCCAAUGAGAAAACCCACUUUAUAUUAUAUAAUAUUGGCUUCAUUAAAUGCUUAAUUGAGUCCACUCAAAUCCGCUCUAGCUGCUCACACGCAGAGUUGCCACAGCAACUGUUUAACAAGUUAAAUGAUGAUUGACGCAUGCAGCGCUGUUAGGUGCCGUGGUAAGUUUGAGUCUCUGGCAAGAUCAAACCCAGGUAUCUGUCAAUCAUCGUUAACUUUAACUCAUUCACUCCCAGCCAUUUUCACCGGAGCAAGGCCCUUCGCUCCCGGCUGUUUUACUGGAUUUUGACUGAUUUUGCAAGGCCCACAGAAAAUUCCAUUCUAUUACUAUUUAAACAUGGAACCCACCAAAAGAAAGAUUACUCUCUUCUUUCAGCAGAGAAAAAGUUAGUUCAUAUCUUUUCCAUUCUUUAGAAAUCAGCAUUAGAAAAUAGCUUAGUUUGUGCAUUUUUCCAAUUUCUGAUGUAAAAACAGACAAAUUGAGCUUUUUGUAAAAGCAUUCAUUUCAAACAUAACUUUGACUUUAACACAGCUAUUUUUUACUUUUGUGAGAUCCCAAACAUCUGAAUAAUGUUUUCCUUCUACAAAAUAACAAACAAGACAUAUAGAGCUUUUGAUAGCAAAGUAACAAUUUAUUUACACAUAACUAAACUAUCUGUCAGUGAAGCUCAAGUUUGAACUCCAAGACAAGUGUUACCUCGAUAGUUAGAGAAAUAAAUACGACCACAACCAUGGAUUUAGUAGGUUUUAGUACAAGAGCUCUUGGGUACAGAUGCGGAGUAACACACAAAGCGCCUCUCCGCAUGUGGACAAAAGAGAGAUACAUGGCAUGCCUCUAUUUAUGGGUUGGCACCAUAAAAAUGAAAUCGAAAGUUAGUAAAAACAUCUCAAGUUACAGAAAAACUUCUCUCAUAGGGGAAAACCAUCUUAAGCUGUAACCUUGAAUCACAAGCUGUGGCCAGGAAGAAGUUUGAUAAGCCACAGUUGCUAUAUUGUACUCAUUCAGGGCAUAUUGGAAACAACAGGAAAAUGACAGUCCAUAUUUGGGCAUAUUGACUCCGUCUACAAUCGUCAAGGCUAUGAGAAGGCUCACUCAAAAAGAUUACAACAGAUUAUUUUAACAAUGAUCCUCUGUGCUGUAAUAUUCUCAUGCAAGCAUAACAAAAGCCUUCAACAUAUAAUAUAUAAUGGUUGUGUUUUAAGCAUGAAUAAAUUCUCUCACACUAUCAAACUGAGAGAUGACGCUGUUGUGGCCGCGGCAACCCGACCAUUCCGUUUCGUUAAAUCGGGUUACGCCUGGUGUCCUGUGUGGGUGAAUUCUGGGGGGGACCUGUGUAGUGAUAGUGACCACUACUUCAUAACAGAAUUCACCUAGGGAACUUGUGUGGGGUGUGUGCCUUGUGUUUGACAUCGUUCUCCACAUUUUUCUCACGCUUCUUACUUUUUCCAACUUCCGUUUCCUGAUUAUUUCUCUUCAUUCACUUCCUUUCAUGGUCCGGUAUGACUUCUUACCAAAUGCGCUAACGCCCUCCAGUGACCGGUUUUAUUGCUUUAAAAUGGAUUUUCAGCGUUGUGCUUUGGAGCGAAGUUGCAUCAGAACCUAGAGAUGUCUCUUGUAAAAAAAAAAAAAUGUAAGAGAUGUAUAAAUACGUCUUUGGGACACUGAAAAAAUUAAAAAUAGAACGUAUUUAUACGUUUUUCGGAACAAAUGAGUUAAUAAGCAACUCCAGUGCACUGGCUGACCAACAAAGAGCAAAGAGAGGGAGCGUGUUGCCUGGCACGACCAGACUGUUCUCCCUGAUUAUUUCAAACACCGCGAGAAGAGUCUGGGACCCAGCUCCUUAUUAGUCUCUCAAACCAGAACGAAAUCAUCCCUACUGGCCUCGAGCCAGAACGAAAUCAUCCGUGCAAUCAGAUUCGUUUAUUUGUGUGACGUGUUCUUAACGAGCAACGUCUCGCCUGUCGGAAGUCAUCUCCACAACAACACAGAUGGCGAACGAUAGAGCCGAGAAUGUUCCCAUCUGAAGUCUAUGCCACAGCAUCUCAAUAGGGUUGAAGUGUGGACUUUGACUUGGCCACUCUAGAACAUGUAUUUUGUUCUUCUGAAACCAUUCAGAAGUUGAUUUACUUCUGUGUUUUAGAUCAUUACCUUGUUGCAGCAUCCAUCCUAUUUUUAGCUCAAACUGUCUGACAGACGGCCUCAGGUUUUCCUUCAAAACAUCCUGAUACUUUUGAAUUCAUUCUUCCAUUCAUGAUUGCAAAUGUUCCAGGCCCUGAGGAAGCAAAACCACCCCAAAUCAUGAUGCUCCCUCCACCUCGCUUCGCGAUGGGGAUGAGGUGUUGAUGUUGGUGAGCCAACGUUGCAUUUUUCCUCCGCACGACGUUUUGUGUUACUCCCAAACAAUUCAACUUUGGUUUCAUCAGUCCACAAAAUGUUUUGCCCAAAAUUUUGUGGAGUGUUUUACAUAUAUAUAGUUGAUGCGUGCACAUAGAUAUUGGACUGUGCCAGUGAUUUCUAUAAGUCUUUAGCAGACACUCUAGGGUUCUUUUUUUUACCUCUCUUAGUAUUCUGCGCUGAACUCUUGGCGUCAUCUUUGGUGGACGGCCACUCCUCGGUACAGAAGCAACAGUGCCAAACUCUCCAUUUGGAGACAACUUCUCUAACUGUCGAUUGAUGAAAACCCAGAUUUUAGAGAUGGUUUUGUAUCCUUUCACAGUUUUAUACAAAUCUACAAUCCUCGAUCGCAGGUCUUCAGACAGCUCUUUUGACUGAGCCAUGGUGGACUUCAGACAAUGCCUCUAAUCAAGACAAUUCUUACCAGGUGUGUGUUUUAUAGUUGGCAGGGCAGCUUUAAACCACUCAUCAGUGAUUGGGCACACACCUGACUUAAAUUGUUUGGUAAAAAAUUGGUAAAAAUUGGUUUCAAUAUCUCUUUAAGUCUGCUUAGGCAGAGGAUUCACUCACGUAUUUUCCCCCCUUCUGUAAAUGUUUGCAUGCUAUCCCAAUUAAAAUAUGAAAACCUAUAAAUGUUUGGGUCGUUUUAGUUAAAGCUGUUUUUUCAUCUGUGUGAUUUUGACAAAGAUCAAAUCGCAUUUGAUGUUUUUUUUUUUUUUUCCAAUGCAAAAAUGUUAAGAAAUUCCAAAAGGUUCAGAUACUUUUUCAGACCACUGUACGUCACCUCCCGCUUUCUCCAUUCGUUAUGAAGACUGAAGUUGAUGUGAUGCUUUCGCGUGAAUUCUGCCAAGCUGGCAGAGCAACAAAAGGGACAAAAAGUUUUGUCUGAGGAGGGGGAAAAAAAGGGUGGCUACAAUGGG